ACUUAACAAAGACACCGCACCGCGGCCAUUUGUUUACAAAAUUUCAUUUUCGAAGAUGUUCGGAUAAAUUUUCGCUUUAAAGAUGAUGAACACAGAGACUAGGGACAAAAAUGGAGCCGUUCCCCUUCCAGCCACUUCUGGUCCUCGUCCCUACCGAUGUGAUAUCUGCCAGAGGUCGUUCCGGGAGGUUGCGACAUUAAGAAAGCAUGAACAGCUUCACCGCGCUGACCGCCCAUACAUUUGUACGACCUGUGGAAAGUCGUUCCUUUGGUCAUCAAACUUGAAGGUUCAUGAACGUGUUCAUACUGGCGAACGACCUUACAAAUGUAAAAUUUGUCACAGAUGUUUCACCCAGUCUAAUGAUUUGCGAAGACAUGAGAGGAACGUGCAUAUGCGAGGGAAGCUGUACAGUUACAAAACUCCCGCAGGACGACCUGUACCACCUGCGGCCCCUAAUCCGGGACAGAUGAAUCUGGCGGCAUACCAGGCAUUCGCACUACAGCAACGAGCAAUUUUACAACACGCUUUAACUUAUGAAAGUUUAAUGCAGAAUUCAGUCGCCAUGACGACUGCGUCUCACUACCUCCAACACACAGGACGAUCUCUUUCAAGUUUGCCUGCCAUGAAUGAUAAUGAUGUUAGUACCGUAUCUACCUCAGCCAGCAACGCUCACAGUAAUCAUGACAAACAUGAAGAACUACACCUACCUCACAAUGGAGACCGCCCCCUUAAACUAGAACAGGUGACGCCACCACCAGGAGAACGUAGUCAGUAUGAACGACAAAACCAUAACAGUGAAGAUAACCACAGCCCAGGACAGUCACGAUACUCACCAGCAUCAAACAAAGCCCACUCCCCACCCACUAUGUCUACUACCUCCCCAUAUGCCAGCAUGAAUGGACACAAUGGCACUCAGUUAGAAUCUCCCGAAGGAAAGAAAGAUGACAGACCAUACUCGCAUGAAUCUCAUGCCUCCGAAUACCCUAAAUUCUUCAACUAUCCGGAACAGCAUGGGUUACAGCGUAGCUACCACUCAGCAUUCAACUCGAUGCAUAACCAUUCAGAUAGCGUCAUGGACCUUCGUGUCAACAAAUCUUUGUCAAGCGUCGAAUCAGAGGACGGCGAACUUGAUUGGAAAGCUAGACACUCGUCAACCCUGUCAUCAAAGAGUCCAGAUUCCGAAUCAGAGAGCGAUUCAAAGCGGGAUGUGACAACAACUUCGUACACCCCAACAGUAGAUUCAGGGAUACACCAUUGUCAUCAUUGUAACAUCUUCUUUCACGAUUUCACCAUGUAUAACCUGCACCAAAGUCUACACUCACCAGUUGACGAGGACCCAUUCAUGUGUCCAUCAUGUUUGAAAAGAUGCCAGGAUCGUAUAGAGUUCAUGUUUCAUAUUGUAUGGCAUGUGAAAUACCCGCACACGAUACCAAAAUAUCAGUCAUUCAAGGAAAGCUACAUGAUAACUGAACCAGACGACAAUGAAGAAAUAGACCACAAUGACGACUAAAAAUAUAGGUCUAUUACAGAACGUUAUAGAAAAGAAGGUUCAGUUUAGAUGGAAGAUGUUGUCAGAUCACUUCUUGAAAUCACACAGGUAUUACACACACAUUAGUUAUGGUUGACCUAAAUUCUUAGCUAAAUCGUAGAAUUACAUGUACAGUAGAGCUAAGUUUUAAGUUAAUUGCUGAACUUAAUGUAAUUUGUUAUCUUCUGUGAUUUCUGUUAGUUCAGUGGUACCUUAAUAAGAACAUCUACCUCGAUUCUGUUCAUUUUUGGCUCAGAUUUUGGCAUAGCCAUUCUAUUCUGUGUCAUCAACAGUAAAUUUUUCACAGUAAAUAUUUUUUUGAAAUAGUACUGGUAUGUCCAAGAAGUACUACUUUAAUUACAUAAUGUGUGUUUAAAAUAUUAGUACAUCAAACGGUACCAAUGUCGUUAUGGAGUGAUAGGGCAAUUUAUAUAUACUACAUAUUAAGUUGGCAUUAUAUCUGUGCGGGGAUAGUCUUACUGCGAAUUUAUUGUUGAUAUAGAGCGGGUUUUGUUCACCUACCUCAUUGUUAUUGAGACAAGAAAUUUGUAUUUUUUUGUGUACAUAGUAUUUUUAUGAUUGAUAUUUCAUAGCAUUUUGUAUAAGCAUUUAUAAGACAAUUGUUACCUCAAUUAUUAUGCGGGUACUUUACGUAAUACUUUUUGUUUUGAUAUUUAAAAUAUCUGGUAUAUUGUUACAGUAUACUCUAACGUAAUUAUGGUAUGACGGUAAUUCCAAAGUUUAUCAAGCAUUAUCCACUAUUCGAUACGGGUAAAUGUUUUUUUCCUUGUUUUAUUUUGAAGGGUUUAUUUUAUAAAUUGAAAUGAUGUAACAAUUUCAGUACAGAGUACUGUAAGCUGUUUUUUUUGCAAGCAUGUUUGAAGUCUAACUUACAUGUAUAUAUAUCUAUAUUAUACAUUUGUGUGAAGAAAACAACAGUGGUAAUUUUUUUUGAAAAUUUGUUUCACUGAAAGAAGGCAGUGUACCAAGUACACAACUUGUGUAUAUACUUCAAAAUAAGAUAAAACCAUAAAAUCAGUAAUAAAAAUCUGUACUUUUAGUGUUGUCAUCUUGGCGCCAAAAGCUGUUAACUGCAUUGACCUAAAGAAGCAGUUAAAAUUAUAUUGAUAAUAUGUGAAAUCAAAACAACUUGAAGACAAUGUAAAUUAGCCUUUUUAAAUUAGGAGUAGACAUAAUCAGAGUUAUGCUCUGAAAUAAAUUUUUAAUAAUGUUAAUUUUGAAUUUAGGUAGUUGACCUGUACUGAAAACACAUAAGGCAAAUACGUUUCUAAAGGUUAGUUUACUUACUCUCGGUGUACAGUUUCAGCAUUUCCCGACUGGUAUAGAAAGCAAACUGAGCUAGAAUGCUGAAAUAGAAGAUGCGAAUACGAAAUUGCACAUAAAUUACCGAUUGUGAUUAUUGGUCGACAACCUUUAAGGUUGAAAUAUAUGUGUUAAGGAUACAUCCAAGAUUUAAGUCUUUCUUGUAUUUUUUUCUUGAAAUUGUUUUUGUAUUACCAAUGCUUCAGCUACACAAUCAAAAUGACUGUAGAAUAGUGUGUAUGUAUUGUACACAAAAUGUGUUAAAAAUUGCACAAAUUGCAUUUAAAGGUAUACAUGUGUAGUAAGAGAUCUAUGUUUAUAUCAUGGUAUUUAACCACCAAAGGUUUUCAGACAGACAAAUUGUGCCAUUGAAUUUUUUUUUAAAUUUCUUCAAGCAUAAUCAAAAUGUUGCUAUAGCAACGAAAGCAUGGUAUCAAAGAGAUUUUAAUUGUUAUGUGCAUUUAUGUUUUAUUUAGAAUUUUUUCUCUGCAAACAGUCAUUCUCAUUAUACGAUAUAUCAUUUAGCAUGACUUUUAAGAUGUCUUGUGUUCAAAUGUAUCAGGGUAUAAAUUUCACGUGCCAGGCUUGUGCAAGAACUAAAUCUUAACCUGAAUACUCUAAUGUCACAUAUUUUCAUGAUCGACCAAAAUUUCACAUGAUCUAGAAAUGACCGGUAACUCCAGGCAUAAACUUCCCGUAAGUUGUAAUGGAAACCAAAGUCAGCAAAUAUUUCGGAAAGUAAUAAUAAGAUGCUGAAUUAGGUAAAAAUUCAGCCAUCGCAAAUAUUUUUGAUUUUUCAACAGUGACAACAUUUUUUUACUGGGAAACAUGGCAGAUAAAUGAAAGUUUAUGUUUUAGUUUUUGUACAAGCUUUGCAUUCUAUUAGUGCUAAAAUGUGUUCAGAGCUACUGUAGGCAUAUUGACACAGUCACAUUUUAGAGUGAGUAAAAUCUACGCAGCGCAAAAUUUAUUGAUCUCCGUAGCACUACAAUUUCAGAUGAAAAUCAUUAAAAACACAUAGACGGAACUGCCAUUUUUAUAUACAUGUACACAGAUAUCCUUCACGGCUGAGACUUCAGCUUGCAUCAUCCUAUAUAAUGUAGAAUAUCAUAACCUUUGCAUUUUUGUUCAUGAAAAUGUGCCAUAGAAAUGUUCAAUUGUAAAUUUUCAUUUCUUUUCUUUUUUUAAAAAAAAAUGCAUAAUCAAGUUCAAAAUCAUAUUCAUUUAUUUUGAUAUCAUGCACCAUUUAUCAUAAUUAAGCAUAAUAAUUGUAUGGGCACGUAAUGCCUUCAGAAUGACAUAGACGUUAGUUAUACCUCCUUUAAGGGGCAUAGAUCACCAAAUGAGUACAAUAAAAAAAAAACAUAUUUCAGGUUCAAAGGAAUGCAAAAUAUAAAAUGGUGGUAGAAAGCAUUUUGCCAAAACUUACCAUUUUGAAAGAACAGUACGGAAUAUAGAUUAGAGAUAAAAGGGAGAUCACUCAAAAACAGUAUUGAAUCAAUUUAAUGAAAUUUUAUUAGACUAAAGCAGUAUAUAGUGCACAAAGACAUUAAGGGUAAUACAAGCAUAGUAAUAAUAAGAGAGACCUAAGGAAACUAGAUUUAUGAAACUGUAAGAUAUUAUCUGUAAUGAGUUUUUGGUGUCCUAGACAUAGAGCAGAGUGAUAAACUACUCUUAUGGUUCAGACAGAUCAGUGAAUGAUUACAAUCAAGUCAUUACCCGGUGCAAAUAAUACUGUUACAGUAUCUGUGUGCUGUAAACAUGAACAAACAACACAGUAUCUAUAUGCUGUAAACCUGUUCAGACAAAACAGUAUCUGUUUGCUAUAAACCUGUACAAACAACACAGUAUCUGUAUGCUGUAAACCUGUACACUGUAUGCUGUAGACCUGAACAAACAACACAGUAUCUAUAUGCUGUAAACCUGAACUCUGUAUGCUGUAAACCUGUUCAGACAAAACAGUAUCUGUUUGCUGUAAACCUGUACAAACAACACAGUAUCUGUAUGCUGUAAACCUAUACAGAGUAUGCUGUAAACCUGUACACUGUAUGCUGUAAAUUUUUCAAACAACACAGUAUCUAUAUGCUGUAAACCUGUACACUGUAUGCUGUAAACUUUUCAAACAACACAGUAUCUAUAUGCUGUAAACCUGUACACUGUAUGCUGUAAACCUUUUCAAACAACACAGUAUCUAUUUGCUGUAAACCUGUACACUGUAUGCUGUAAACCUGUACACUGUAUGCUGUAAACUUUUCAAACUACACAGUAUCUAUAUGCUGUAAACCUGUACACUGUAUGCUGUAAACCUUUUCAAACAACACAGUAUCUAUAUGCUGUAAACCUGUAUGCUGUAAACCUGUUCAAACAAAACAGUAUCUGUUUGCUGUAAAUAUGUACAAACAACACAGUAUCUGUAUGGUGUAGAUCUGUUCAAAUGACAUGGUAUCUGUAUGCUGUAAACCUGUAAAAACAACACAGUAUCUGUAUGCUUAGACCUGAAUAGUUGUGCAGAUAAUAUACAGUAUCUUUACACUGUAGACAUGUUCACACAGCACAGUAUCUGUACACUAGACAUGUACACACAGCACAGCAUCUUUACACUGUAGACAUGUACACACAGCACAGUAUCUGUACUGUAAACCUGUGCACACAACACAGUAUCUUUACAUUGUAGACAUGUACACACAGCACAGUAUCUUUACACUGUAGACAUGUACACACAACACAGUAUCAGUACUGUAAACCUGUGCAUACAACACAGUAUCUAUACAGGUAUAACAUAUCACAAAGCACAGUUUCUAUGUAUUGUUAACAUGUGCUCACAGCAACUGUAAACAUCUGCAACAGUACAUGAACACUUUUGUUGCUGCAAUACUUGGUCACAUGCUGUUUCAUGUUAAAAUAACUUGUUUUAAAUCUGUACUGACAAUUUUGAUUUGAAAAUGUAAAUAAAAAACAAGGGGGAAUUUUUGUCAAAAAUGAAGGGGACAAAUUUUGGAGAGGAAAAGGGGACCAAAUUUCAGCCUUAAAAAUGACUCAAAAGCAUUAACUUCACAGAAUGGUACAUUGCAAACUUGUGCAAACAGCAUUGCAUUUAUAGCAGGACAGCUUAAUCUGAAUGCUGUAAGCAAGUGCAGACAGAGUCUUUCCCAUGUAUUCAAAGAAACAGAAUCUUUCCAUGCAGGACGAACAAUAAUGACUGGGCUGUUCUGAAAAUUCCACUAUUUCUAGAAAAAAAUAAGCAUCUAUAGAUAUAAGCAUUUCUAUUAUUCUGCAUUAAAACUGUGAUGGGUAUCUAUUAUUCAAUUAGAUGAGGCAUAUUUCUGGGAGCUACUUGUCAGAUUUUUGGCACGGUUCUCUAAACUUGAGAUAAAACAAAGCAUUUUUUUCUCAAGAACCUGCCAUAUUUUAUCAUUAUGCAAUGAGUAAUAGGUAGUAGAAAUGAACACUGAAGUUAUUAUUUGGCAAGAGCAUUAUUCUUUAUGUUCCUUGAAAAAAAAAAAUCCUGACUUUGUUCAUUACCAAUAGCCUGUUAUUUAGUUCUAAGUGUCCGACGUCCUUUGUUCUGAACAUAGCCAACACCAUGUUCUGGGAAGCAAACGUAGACUCAGUGUUGUUCUAUUUUCUGGUCUUUUGGGAUCAUGGAGUCCAUACAAUGUUAAAUAAUGUAUGAAAAGAGUUCUGCUUAAGCUGGUGCUAGUGGUCAUGAGGAGUGAUGCAUGUUUCAUUACCUCUCAUAAACAGACUCGGUCAGACAGAGCCUGCUACUAAUUUUUUUUUUGUUGGCUACUUUCUAAGCUACCAAAGGAUCACCUUACAGAUUUUAGGUGCAGGUGUACUUUGUUCACAGGUUAAAAUACUCUAAAAAUGUUUUAUUUGGAAUUAAGGUUAAUGGUCUUUAUAGCCAGGGUGUCUCUGUUCACAGGUAGCCUUUAGCACAGGUUUAAUCCUUACCCCACUGAAUUUCUAUAAUGAACCUGUCCAUCUUUAGGUUUGGACAGUACCAUUAAAUGUUGAAAGUGUUUCAAACAAAAAAGUUACUUACUGAAUGGCGAACAAUACAGACCAUGAUCAGACUCCUGCUAUGGAUGUGCAGGCUGAUUAUGAUCUGCACUGGUCGCAAAGGCAGAAUCAGUCGUGUCCAGCGUGAUAAGGGUUAACUGUUUAUGUUACACAUUUACAUCGAAAUUGUAAGAAAAAUGGGCUCAUUAAUGGGGUUGGGGUGGGUUUCGUAUUUCAUUUACAAAUUAGGAAAAAAGCUUCAGACAAAAACAUGUUGUGACUGUCAGUGGAAUUAUGAAGAAAUGAGUGUUUUGUCAGUGGGAUUGCCUUUCACUUUGAUUUAUAACAUCUUUUAUGUCUAGACUCUCAGAUGGCAAUAAAAAUUGACAUUUACCUUAUAGAGUACAGACAUGCCAAACGAAUCGCAUUUUUACAAAGUUUUCUAGCCAAACUAGAUAUAAUGUGGCUAGUAGAUCCGAGCAUCUUUGAACGAUAUCUACAUGAUAUGUCUAUAAGAAUGGAACAAAAACAUCUUGUAGUCGAGACCAGUUUUGAAUUUUAUAUGAUACAGUUCCACAUAUAACAUUUAGAAAUUCUUGAAAAUAACAUAGUAAAUGCUGUAAAAGCAUGCUAUACUUACUAUUCUUAAAUCUAUGAAAAAUGUCCUAAUACACUGACCUUCAUAAUGUGCCUAUGUGUAUGGAUUUUGUCUAAUCCAGGAAAAUAUAUUUAACAAUUUUGUGAAAUUCUGUUGAAAAUGUUGGUUAGAAUGUGAAAUUUAUUUACACAGGUUCAUACUGCAAAACUGCUGCCGAGCUUAAACAAAGGCUAUUUUCUUGUAAAACUGUUCUUGGUUAUACAUUUCAGUCAUGUUCUGUUCAGCAGGUUGUUAAAACAGAAAUCCUGCAACUUGAAAUAAAAUGGUUGUAUCUCAAAGGUCAGAGUCAAGUUUUAUACACCUUCAUAUUAUUUUCUGUGUAGCAAAUGUAUUUAUACCUGUUAAACACAUACUGAUGAGACAGGUUACAGGACAUUGCUCUUAACAGUUAACAGCUUGAUUGUUAAAGCAUGUUACAGGGCAUUGCUCUCCAUGCUAUAUUGAUCCAGUAUAACAUGUAUUUAUGUAUGAAAUUAACACCAGCGGUCACUCACCUUCUAGCCUACUUUUUCCCUAUUAAAUCUGUAAAAUGAAUAUCUCACAGCAGCUUGUCUUCUGGUAUGAAAUAUGCUAAAGGUGAUGAAUUCAUUGUCUGUCAGUCUGUCUGCGACCUUUGAUUACACAGAGGGCUUUUGUUAUUACUUUAGCAUCAGCAUAAAAGUAGUAUUAUUUUUUGCUACUGACCCUUUGGUUUUUUGCCACUCAUCCUCUGAUUUUGCCACUGACAUUUUGAUUUUAGCUCGGCUGUUUGAAGAAAAAGUAGAGCUAUUGCACUCUCCCCUGUGUCGCUAUCGCUGUUUGUUAAAGUUUUUUAUGAAGUCAGAUAUCUCUGCUGCUAUCAAAGCUAUUGACUUGAAACUUAAAAUAUUUAUUUACAAUCAAAGUCUACACCAGGAGCAACAAUCACCAUAACUCUGAUUUGAAUUUUAACAGAGUUAUGUCCCUUUUUGCCACUGAUUGGUCUGCCUGUCCCUCUAUCUGCCUGUUUGUCUCUUGCUUUAGAACAUUAUGCAUGUUUUUUAGGGUAUCUCUAAAAUAAACUUUAAAAAAAACUAAGACAGUGUAAAUGCUCCAUUUGUCCUUCACUCCAUCUGUCAGUCUGUCCAACUAGGUUUCAAGUUUAGUGAAAGAAGGUCAUUAUAAUACCACUUACACUGUUACAGAAAAUAUGACUUGGCUUAGAUGUUUCAGGGCAAGUAAAAUGUUUUGUCACAUUUUGUUAUUCUUGAUUAGAAAAUGUUGUUUUUUUUCUGGAGAAAUAAGAUUGCAUUUGAUGUCCAGGCAGACAGAUUUGGAUGCUUAGAUAGUGGAAAUUACUUCACACUGAUGGGAUUUUCACAGGUCAUUCCGGAAGAUCUGUUUAGUGCAUGAACUGUUUUCUUGUCAGGAAAAAUCUAAAAAGAUAUUUUCCAUUUAACUGACAUACCAUAGUAAUAGUUAACCCUCCCCAUGCGUUUAUAACUGCAAUGACGUAAGCAUGUAUCUUUUUUGCACCAAUGAGAAGGUCAUUAUAAGAUUUAAUUUAUAAAGCAAUAAAGAAAAAUAAACCAAGCAAAGUAGGAUAUAUGUAAUGUUGUUUAAAAAUGGGGCAAAAGUACUAAGCGGUCCAAGCCUUCUUUUCAUCGUUAUUUUAUGAAGUAAAAUCAUGCCUUUCAAGGUCAUUGUAAUUGGUCCGCAGCUCGCUUUAAUUGCUACGUAUUUACAUACUUGUUAUUGGCUGUCGUGUACUUUAACGCACAUCAAUGACUUUCACAAUGAAACUGGAUAGUUUUCACUUUAUUCGGAUCCAUUAAGUAUUGUACAAGAUCAACAUUUUAAACGCAUGAAAAAGCAGAGUUUAUUGACUGACAAAAUUUUGUAGUAAAAUUAUACUAGUGUCCUAAUUAAAGGGAAAACAUCACUUUUUAUAACCUUCUAUUACUGUCAUAUAACAAGCCUAGCUCUUUGUUAAUCAGGCACUUGUUAGAAGAAAAUAAAAACAAGGUACAAAUUUCUGUUAGGGCGUAAACCUGAUGUAGGGUUGCACCCCACAUCUGCUUAUACAAGCUUAGACUAUGAAAGCAUAGGGGGAAGAAUUUGUUGAUUUAUACAGAAAGAAAAAACAACACUUAGUUGUUUUGAAGUAUACCAAUUACAUUUGUUGUAAAGACUGAACUUUGUGAAUUGACACAGCCGUGAAAUCCAAAGAAAGUAGACUUCCAUGAUUAUACAGUGUAAAGUACAAGUUGUUAAUGCAGUACUAGUAUGCAUAUUAGGUCAGACACUGCUAUUGAUUUUUGCCAUAGACUUACAUUGUUACAAAUGACUUUGUAGGAUACUUCCAAAACAUGCGUUGAGGUUUCAUUUUUUUCAAUCAAAUAUCUAGACACAAAAGAAACCUUUUCUAUAGCCAUAGCUGAUCCAGAUUUUUUGCUUACCAGUAACUAUAUGUAAAAAUUAUCAUUUAGUGUGAAUAAAAUUUAGUACUCAGAUUCAUACUAGUACUUUAUAUAAUAGAAUCAAAUAUAUAUCUAGUCAGCCAUAAAAUGAUGCAAAUGGCACAGAAACAUUACAUGUCAAAAUUUUUAAUAUAUUUAUAUGAACCAAAAAAAACACAACACUAUUCAGUAACAGCAUUUGACUAUUAGUGGUUCGUUACUGAUAAUAAACACUUCUUCCUCUUGAAAGUAGGACAGAAAAUUUCUCAUAAGUUACAGUAUUCUAACACCUUCCACUAAGAAUUUGAUGUAUCCUUUGACAGGACUGUACAGAUGCCAGUUGUUCACUACCAUUCUUUUACAGUAUAUGGAUACUAUGCUUGUACAUCUCCCCUGUUAUGUUAGAGAAGCAUACUUAUAAAUGCACAUUUCACAGAUGCACUGCAUUUUAUCCUCAGCUACAGAUGCUGAUUUUACCCUUAACCAGAGAUGCUGUAAGGCUAUAUGCACUGGCCUACCCUGAACCAGAGGUCCUGAUGUUGCCCACUGCUUGAGGUGUCGAAAGAACUUUAGUUUAGCCUCAACUAGAGGAGCUAAUGUUACUAUUAACCAGAGGAGUUGAUGUUGCCCUCAACCAGAGGUGCUAUAGGGCUGUAAUCACUAUGUCAGCCAGAGGUGCUGAUGUUGACCUCAGCCAGAGGUGAUGUAAACUGUAUGCACUGGUUCACCUUAAAGCAGAGGUAAUGAUGUUGACCUCAACCAGAGGUGAUGUAAAGCUGUAAGCACUUAUUCACCUUUGGCUGGAGGUGAUGUUGCCCUCAACCAGAGGUGCUAUAUGGCUGUAGGCACUUUGGAUUGUCCUCAGUUGAAGAUGCUGAUGGAUGCCAAUUGCACUAGGCUUUAAUCUUGGUUGAUGGAUAUUCCUCUUUGUGUGCUCUAGAUUGGUCAGUAUUUCUAUACCUCUUCAGAUUGCAAUGAUUUUGUAGUCUUGAGAAAUGCUUUCUACCCAAAAUAGGGACAUAUUAAACUUGUGCCCAAACUUAAAUAAAUGGCACUCAGAUGUGUCUGAAUGCAGCUUCAGAAAUACAAAAAAAAAAGCUUACAAUUUUCAUUCUUUCAAGAUGUAAUUGCACAUACAUUAAGAUGCUUACCCCAAAACUUACAAUUCUUUAUUCUUUCAAGCUCAACAUGCUAAGGAGAUUAUCACUUACAUUUGACAUAAAACAUUAUUUCCUUAAUCUUCAGGCUAUUGAGAUGUGCUCUUUGCUGGUUAAUUGGAAAUUCAUUAUAUUAAUUCAGUCACACUCAGUUUUGAGAAUAGAACACUUCAAUGUGAUGACACUCAAUUUUUGAGAAAAUGACACUUCAGCUUAAUAACACUCAAAUUUUAAGAAGAAAAACAUCAACAUAAUUAUCACUUAAUAACACUCAAUUUUUAAGAAAAAAAAUCAACAUAAUAACACCCAAUUUUUGAGAAUACAUGCUUCAAACUUUCCAACACUCAAUUUUUGAGAAAAAGACAUUUCAUUUUGAUAACACUCGGUGGUCAAGAAUCAGAAUGUGUGAUCUAGCUAGGUGGCAGUAUUGUUAAUAAAUGGAUUUAAAGUAAAUGAAAAAGUUUAGUGAGUACUUACAAGGCAUUAUUAGCUCACCUGUCACAAAGUGACAAGGUGAGCUUUUGUGAUCGUGCGGUGUCCGUCGUCCGUCCGUGCGUCCGUCCGUCCGUAAACUUUUGCUUGUGACCACUCUAGAGGUCACAUUUUUCAUGGGAUCUUUAUGAAAGUUGGUCAGAAUGUUCAUCUUGAUGAUAUCUAGGUCAAGUUCGAAACUGGGUCACGUGCCAUCAAAAACUAGGUCAGUAGGUCUAAAAAUAGAAAAUCCUUGUGACCUCUCUAGAGGCCAUAUAUUUCACAAGAUC